CUGUUAAGCGCGCUGAACUGGGGGCGUGUUGCUUGCUCCGCUCCAUCUCUCCCUCUUUCCUUUGGCACAGGAUUUGGUCUAUCAAGUUAAGCUACGGUAAACUUGUUGAAGCCUGUCUUCCGCUCCAGAAUUAACUAUGGCGAGGGCUCUGGUCACCGCUAAAUGGCUUGCAGAGGCUGUGAAGGCGCAGGGGAAAAUGCGCGUCUUGGACACUUCUUGGUAUUUGCCCAAACUGCGGCGCAACGCCAAGAGCGAGUUCAAAAAGAGGCACAUACCAGGUGCAGCUUUCUUUGACAUAGACCAGUGCUGUGAUAAAACUUCUCCUCUGGACCACAUGCUGCCGUCGGAGAAGUUUUUCGCAGAUUAUGUUGGAAAUUUGGGAGUAGAUAACGACACGCACGUCGUGGUGUACGACGCCAGCGAGUUCGGCGCGUUUUCAGCGCCCCGCGUGUGGUGGAUGUUCCGGGUGUUCGGGCACAGCGCGGUCUCGUUGCUCGACGGGGGGCUCAGGAACUGGGAACUGGAGGGUCGACCUGUGAGUGACAAGUACGUCAGACCAGCACCGGCCGAGUUCAAGGCCUCUCUGAACCCCACCUGGAUUAAGACCUAUGAGGAUAUCCUGGAUAACCUGGAGACCAAGAAGUUCCAGGUGGUAGAUGCCAGGCCGACAGGCAGGUUCAGAGGACUGGACCCUGAACCCAGAGACAACACAGAGCCUGGCCACAUCCCUGGCUCCAUCAGUGUGCCCUUCCACUCCUUCCUGUCCCCAUCAGGUCACUUUCUGCCCAAGGAGCAACUCCAGGCUUUCUUCACCCGGGCAGGUGUAGAUCUCAGUCGCCCUCUUUGUGUCUCAUGUGGCUCAGCUGUGACCGCUUGCCACGUGGCACUGGCAGCCCACGAGUGCGGGCACCUGGAGGUGUCAGUGUACGACGGUGGGUGGUCGGAGUGGUACACCCGUGCUGUCCCCGAACACGUCAUAUCUGAAGGACGAGGGAAACAUUUGUGAUUGGCUGAGAAGUACAGGAGGUGUGUUUGAUGGUUUGAGACUGGACCAGACUUCGAUUGAUUGUUCUUAGCUUGUUGCUGGGGAAAAUGUGCGAAAGUUUGAAGGAAUGGUUUGACAUUUUGGGAAAUACUUACUGAUUGUUUGCAUUCUCAUUUAAUUGGAAGAAUGAUACCGCUUUCAUGCUAGUCUGGCUCUGUCCAAGGAUAAAAAAAUCCUACCAGAACCUAAGAAUUUUCCGAAGACAUGUUAUAUCUUGUUUGUUUACUUGGUGCAUGCACAGAAAUGUAAAUACUCUUGUUUGAUAGCCAGCUCACAGACAAGCAUGGUGUUGGUAUUUACAGCUUCUGUAAUUCUCAGAAAAGUAAAUGAGCAAAGUUCCCAAAAUGUCAAACUAUUUUCAACAUUAAAAAAAACACAAUGGAAAACACAGAUCACUAAGGGAUGCUAUAUAUAACAGAUGUUUAUAACACAUAAUAAAUGACUCAGCUGAAGAACCAGCAAUACGUGAACACUAAACUUGACUUUCUUAAUCAGUUUUGAAACUGGAAGAUGUUUGUUUACAGCUGCAAUGUUUAUGUCUGAAUAAAACAGAGCUGCAC